ACCGCCCACCACCCUCAACCCAUUCCAGAGAUCGAAGAGAAAAUCUACUUCAGUACUCUGAUCGCUUUGUAACCCCCUCCCCAUUCCUCGUCCAUUCCUCCCUAAUCCCCUCCAGAUUCAAGAAGCAGAAGGGCUCCGGCGAUGAUGUUUUCGCCCGCCUCUUCGCCGCCUCCUUGGAUCCCGACUUCGCCCCCCUCUCCCUCGAACCACGGAUCCUCAAGUCCCACUGCGGCCUCUUCCUCCUGCGCUCCUCCCCGACCCUCGCCUUGGAUCCUCAAGUUCAAAUCGCCCGUUCGCCCUUCUUCUUCCUCAGACCCUCAGACCCCGCUUCUUCUUCUUCCUCAGACCCUCAGACCCUCAGACCCCGCUUCUUCUUCUUCCUCUUUCCUCCGAGUUCGUCCGUUUCGUGAUUCUUCGAGUCUUCAUCAUCUUCAAGCCUUGAGACGCCUUGAGCUCCGGGUUUCGUCCCUUUUUCCACCCGGCGACGGCCGUGAGACGCCUUGGAGGCGGCAUUGUGAGGUGGUCGAUGGCGUCAACCAAAGUACCAAAACCAUCUACUUCCAAAUCUAGGUUUCUUUGCUUCAAUCGAAGAAAAUCGUAGCUUUGCGGAUCAACACCUCUUCAAGUUCCUAUCACUGAUGGAUGUCAAUGGAGAAAGUAUGGACAGUGCCUCCGGGCAUACUACCGGUGCACCAUGGCGACCGGCUGCCCAGUCCGCAAGCAGGAACCUUGGUUGAUAUGCUUACUACUGUUCCACAUUUCUGUGCUGCUGAUAACUGUCAUCUCAAGGAAAAAUGUCAACUUCCAACUCUGCCUGUCCAUGCUAGCAUAUGCAGCCAAAAGUGAACAACUAAACUGGGAACAACGACACAACAUCAUUCGAGGGAUUGCUAGGGGACUAUUGUAUCUUCAUGAAGAUUCUAGAGUACGAAUUAUUCAUCGAGAUCUGAAAGCUAGCAACAUUUUGUUAGAUGCAAGCAUGAAUCCCAAGAUUGCAGACUUUGGAUUGGCAAGACUUUUUGGUGGAGACCAUACUGAAAGCAAGACAACUAAAGUUGUAGGAACAUAUGGAUAUAUGGCACCAGAGUAUGCUAUACAUGGGAGUAUUUCCCUUAAGUCAGAUGUCUUUAGUUUUGGUGUAUUAGUUUUGGAAAUCGUCAGCGGAAGAAGGAACAAUAGUUUCUAUAACCCUGAAAAUGUGAUGAAUCUUCUAAGCUACGCAUGGCAAUGUUGGACCAAUGAGACAGCACUGAAAUUAGUUGAUCCAAGUAUGGCUGAAAAUUAUUCAAGCCACAAAAUCUUGAGAUGCAUCAACAUUGGGCUGUUAUGCGUACAGGAAAAUCCAAGUGACAGGCCAAACAUGUUAUCAGUUUUUUUAUGCUCAACAGGUACAAAAUGAAACUCCAAACUCCCUCACAGCCUGCAUUUUUUUAUGCAAAUGCCAUGACCGAGUCAUAUGGAUUUGUUGAAGAUGCCGGUCCAUCUAGAGGUAAACAUGAGCAGUCUACAAGUACAUCGACUCUAUUCUCUUCAAAUGAGGCGUCAAUUACCGAACUAAACCCUCGAUAGGGGGAGAAACAACUGUACUAAUAAAUGCUUGAACUCCAUCAGCCUGCCUUUUAAAUCUAGAUGGCUGGUUGUUUCUGUAAUUUUGGACGUAUAUACGGACUUCACAAAUUACAUAUAGAUGGUUUAAUAUGUUUGAUGUGUAAGCAAGGUAAUCAAAAAUACCUUAUAUA